CAUUUCACCGAAGCGCGACAAGCGACGCAGCGAUUCGCCGUUACUUCACUCCACUAUUGGCAACCCGUGAUCAACUUCAGUGCCUAGCGUCAGCUCAACGGUGACAGACGUGUUACAAUAAUGCCUGAAGUACAUCCCGCUUUCGUGAACUCGGGCAAGAAGUCUGGUAUUGAAAUAUGGAGAGUUGAGGACUUCGAGCCAGUCCCGGUGCCUUCUCAUCAAUACGGAAACUUCUACAGUGGAGAUUCCUACAUCGUGCUAAAGACCACCGGAACAUCUUCACUUUCAUGGCAUGUUCACUUUUGGCUGGGAUCAAAAACAAGCCAGGAUGAGGCUGGUGCCGCCGCGAUACUCUCUGUGAACCUCGACGAUGAACAAUUCCACGGGGAUGCUGUCCAGCAUAGAGAAACUCAGGGCUACGAGUCGAUGCAGUUUUUGGGGUACUUCGAACCAGCCAUUCGUUACUUGGAAGGCGGCCAUGCUUCCGGGUUUAACCACGUGACCGUAAACGCGGGCGCGGAGAAGAGGCUCUUCCAGAUCAAGGGCAAACGUAAUGUCAGAGUGAGACAGGUGGAAACGUCAGUGUCAUCUAUGAACAAAGGGGACUGUUUCAUUCUGGAUGUGGACCAUGAUAUCAUGGUGUAUGUCGGUGAGAAGGCGAAGAGCGUUGAGCGCCUCAAGGCCAUAUCGGUAGCCAAUCAGAUAAGAGAUCAAGACCACAGCGGGCGUGGCAAUAUUGAAAUUAUUGAUCCUUUCUCGAACGAAGGUGAUGUAAACAAAUUCUUCACGGCUCUCGGAUCUGGGGACCAGGAUUCGGUUUCAGACGCGGAAGAAGGUGGCGAUGAUGAGGACUUUGAACGCGGCGCCUCCAAAGAGGUCACAUUGUGCGAAGUGUCCGACAGUUCAGGAUCACUUGAAAUUAAGAAGCUGUCCGGACCGUACACCAAGGAACAAUUAGACACGAAGGAGUGCUAUAUCCUAGACACGGGCAGCAGCAUUUAUGUCUGGAUUGGAAGAGAGGCGAAUGGAAGGGAGAAAUCUGAAGCUAUGAAGAAGGCGCAAAAUUACCUUGAAGCGAACAAUUACCCUGCUUGGGUACAUAUAUCGAAGGUCGUAGCGGGCAUCGAACCGACUGCCUUCAAGCAACACUUUCAAGACUGGAACUGAAUUUGACAUGAUUUGAUUAUUAAUUUCAAGUUUUUUUUUUUUUAAUGACAAUAUAAUUUAUAUUUAAAUUGCACAAAAUAAUAUUAA